AUGGCAACAACAUCCACGGGAGCUAUCGAGAAAACCAAGUCAGUAGAAGUGAAGAAGAAACUUAACGUGUUGAUCGUCGAUGAUGAUACACUAACUCGUAAACUUCACGAGAGUAUCAUCAAAGCGAUCGGUGGAAUUUCACAGACAGCUAAGAACGGCGAGGAGGCAGUGAACAUCCACCAAAACGGCAAUGCAUCUUUCGACCUUAUUCUAAUGGAUAAAGAAAUGCCCGAGAUGGAUGGACUUUCGGCAACUAAGAAGCUAAGAGAAAUGAAAGUGACGUCGAUGAUUAUUGGGGUGACGUCACUGGCUGACAAUGAAGUGGAACGUAAAGCUUUCAUGGAAGCUGGACUUAACCAUUGCUUGGCUAAACCCUUGAACAAAGACAAGAUCCUCCCUCUCAUCAACAGUCUCAUGGAUGCUUGAUGGAUGGAUGAAUUGUCGCCACUACAAAUCUACAUUAUAUAAAUAUGAAAAACACAUAAAUAAUGCGUAUACACCUGUGUGUGUAUGCAUAGAUAU